AUACCACAAUCCAUCUUGGGCCUUAUCUUUACAUCUAUAAAUGUGUACUUUUUGGGGAAAAAAUUGCAAAAAGUUUUCUGUGGGUAAAAGCAGGAGUUUCUCAAUAGCUCAAUUCAACAUCUAUGGUUUUCUAGGAACUUCUGCAAUAAUUGAGGUAAUGAGAUUCAUAUAAUUCUCAAGUGAAGUAGUCAGAGGAGGUUUCCAUAAGUGGUAAAUCAAAGCAAAUGGCUUUUCGGUCCUGCAUGUUGAGUAGGGGUACUGCUAUUGUUGUUAAUCCAGAGAAACCCCAUGAUCUGCAUUUCCAUAAGCCUCAGGUUCAUCAUGGAACCACCUCAAUACUUAGGAGAGGAAAAUUUCUGAGACCCUUUUCAGAGUCAUCCAUAGGACUUCAAUGGAAUACCCACAAAUCCAUGAGUCCUCAAUUCCUCUGCAGGGCUGCUGUAAGCAGCCCACAACAGAAAAACAGAGAGGAGGGCAUAAAAGAUGAAAGGGUGCAGCAAGUGCAUACAAUACAGGAAUUUGAUGAAGCCCUAAGGAUUGCAGAGGAUAAGCUUGUAGUAGUGGAAUAUGCAGCAAGCCACAGCUAUCACAGUAAAAAGAUAUACCCUUUCAUGGUGGACCUUAGCAGGACAUGUCCAGAUGUGAGGUUUAUUCUGGUCAUGGGAGAUGAGUCUGAGCAGUCCAAGGAGCUCUGUAUGAGAGAUAACAUAACCUCUGUCCCCCAUUUCAGCUUUUACAAGAGCAUGGAAAAAAUACAUGAAGAGGAAGGCAUAGGUCCAGACCAGUUAGAGGGUGAUGUUCUGUACUAUGGUGACACAGAUGCUCCUAUCCAGCAGCUCCACAGCAGACAGGAUGUAGAAGCAUUAAUCAACAAACAUGUAGAGGAUCAGAAAUUGAUUGUUUUGGAUGUGGGUCUCAAGCACUGUGGGCCGUGUGUUAAGGUCUACCCAACUGUGGUCAGGCUUGCCAAGAGGAUGGUUGACACCACUGUGUUUGCCAGGAUGAAUGGAGAUGAAAAUGAAGAAUGCAUGGAGUUUCUGAGAAUUAAUAAAGUUGUAGAAGUGCCCACUUUCCUUUUCAUCAAAGAUGGAAAGACAUGUGGAAGGUAUGUUGGUUCUGGCAAAGGUGAGCUUAUUGGAGAAAUUCUGAGAUACCAAGGAGUCAGGGUCACUUAUUGAUUCUUUUUCAUUGAAAAGGGCUAUGCACAUCUUUGAUCUACCUUUCUGAGAAAUGAACUCAUUAAGGUGCAUUUGCCUGUAUUAGAAUCUUAAUUAGAAAGUGAAAUACAAGAUUAUUUCCUUCAUGUAUAAAAGCUAUUUGCAGUCAAUGAGCUAGAAAAUCAAGAAUAAUUUUACUCUA